AUGGCUUCUUUCCUUACUCGUAUUUGCAACAGCCAAGGACUUGUGGAUAAUCAUGUGUUCACUGACUGUUGUAAGAUGAAAACUGCAGCAAGACUCCGGUGCUUCCUGUCAUACAAGAAAGACAACGCAGACAUUCAUGAUACACUCCUGAUCACGAGACCAGAACUGACCUGUGAGAUGGCUGAGGAGAGUAAUAUGUCCCUGAAGGCGAGGUUCAGCUAUGAAAUGUCUAGAAGACAUCCAUUCUUAUUCGGACCCACUAUCUUAACCAUGUCUGCAUGCUAUGAAACAGCUGUUCAGUCAUGUUGUCAAGAAGAAAAUAAAACAGAGUGCCUGCGGACAAAGCUAGAACCCAUCAGAAAAUAUAUUAGAGGAAUAUCUGUGAGACAUCAUCAUUUAUGUGAAAUUGGGACCAAAUUCAAUGAGAAAGUGGCAAGUGCGGUAGAAUUGAUUCUACUCACUAAAAAGCAACCUAAAGCUAAUUUUUCUGAAAUCUCCAAAUUGACAGUGGAUGUUAAAAAUCUGCAUGAGACCUGCUGUGAAGGGAAUACAUUAGCGUGUGCCCUGGGCAGGCGCCAGCUUAUGAACUACACCUGCUCCAACCAGGCCGUCUUAUCCAGCAAGUUUGCUGAGUGCUGUGAGCAACCAGAACCAUUCCGCGGGGAAUGCAUCAUCAACUCAGAGAAUGAUGACAAACCCGACCUUUCAGCGCUGCCCCUUACAAGAUUUACCGAAGACCAGUCUGUGUGCGAACAAUUCAGCGGCAACCAGGACGACUUUCUACAAGAGUUUCUUUAUGAGUACUCAAGAAGACACCUGGAGUUGGCAGUUCCUGUGAUCCUAAGAGUCUUUGAAACAUACAAACGUGUACUGGAGAAUUGCUGCAGGUUAGAAAACCCUUCAGAAUGCCACCAGCCUGGGAAAGAGGUGCUCCAAAGAGUAGUACUUGAAAGCCAUGACCGUGUUAAAACCUACUGUGACUUACACAAGCAGCUGGGCGGUAGCAACUUCCAGAACAGGCUCACGGUACUUUAUACUAAGAAAGCCCCACAGCUGUCUGCCCAGGAACUGGUGAUGUUCUCGAAGAAGAUGGCAGUGGCUGCCAGCAGAUGUUGCCCACUAAGGGAUGAGCUGCAGUCGGCCUGUGUGGAGGACCAGGCAAAGCUAAUUCUUGGAGAGCUAUGCAGAACACACGGCAGGAAGCCUGCUAACACUGGACUGGGUCACUGCUGCAACAACUCCUAUGCCUUCAGAAAGCCAUGCUUUGAUGACCUGCAAGUCGACGGGACUUACAUUUCUCCACCUUUAUCUUGUGACCAAGCCAUAAGCCUUAAAGAGGACUUGUGCCAAGCUCAGGAUGAGGACCUCCAAACUGAAAAGCAAAGGCUCCUCAGUGACCUCGUGAAGCAGAAGCCACAUGCAGCAGAGGAGGCAUUCCAUUCCAUUGGCGAGGAUUUUGUGCACCUGGUGGAGAAGUGCUGCCAUGCACAGAGGAGAGAAGUGUGUUUUCAAGAAGAGGGACCUCAACUGAUCACGAGGUGCCAGUCCCUCUUAGAGGCUGACUCAUCCCGUAGCGGUUGAUGUAGGAUCAUGACUGAGAUCAGAGCUAUGGAAGGUGACAGUUGACAGAGAGCCUUCUCAGUGGCUCAGAGCUGUAGCAGAACACUGGCUGGUCUGCACGAUCCUUCGUUUCCCCUCAGCAGAUGACAUAUGGACUCCCAGAUCAGCCCUUCAAAGCUGUCCCACCUCACAGCCUGCUUCUCAAGGGCAGUGGCAGAGACAUGAACACAAAGAACAUUCAAGUCCUCCAGCCAAUUUAAUGUGCAGCCACACCUCGCCAGGAAUGGCUGUGACUUGAAAGUCGUGGAGCUGUCUGCACCACUUCUGAGAAUGACUGAACAGAGGGAAACAGACAAAUAAAGUUACCUUCGUGUCUAGGCUCUAGCUCCUGGUUCUGUGUGUAUUCAAGGUUGCCAUUGCCAGCAAUGGCACCCAAUACGUUUGUAUUAACUUGAGCAAUAAAAUUGUACUGAAAAUGA